GUCAGGAAGAAGGAAGAAAACAAAAAGAGAAGAAAACUAAAGGCCUAAAAUUGAUCUCCUCAACAUUCACAUAAUAUUCUUUCCUUCUUCAGUCAGCCUAACUCUACCCAAAAAAGCCAAAGCAAACCUCUCUCCCCGCUUUGAAUGCUCCUUUAGUGGCAGCAGUAACAAAAAAAUAGCAGUGUUCUCCAAAAACUGUCUCUUUGAAACAGAAAAAAUAAACAAUCUUUGAAGAAGAAGAGCGAAAAAGAUUGUUUUCUUUCAUGUCGUUGAGAAUAAAAGCAGUGGUUGAUAAAUUUGUACAAGAAUUGAAAGAAGCAUUAGAUGCUGACAUACAAGACAGGAUAAUGAAAGAAAGGGAGAUGCAGAGUUACAUUGAAGAGCGUGAACGUGAGGUUGCUGAACGUGAAGCUGCUUGGAAAGCUGAACUCUCUCGUCGUGAGGCAGAAAUUGCUCGGCAAGAAGCCAGGUUAAAGAUGGAGAGGGAAAACCUUGAGAAAGAGAAAAGUGUGCUAAUGGGGACUGCAUCAAAUCAAGAUAAUCAAGAUGGAGCUCUUGAAAUUACAGUUAGUGGAGAGAAGUAUCGUUGUCUGAGAUUUGCAAAAGCAAAGAAGUGAAGGCACUAAAAGUAGGUGAAAGUAUAUCAGUCCUUAUGUUUUGUUUAUACAGCUAGUUGCUGGAUGCUCAUAUAAAAUUUUAUUCAAGAUUGAACGUAUGCUGCCUCUUUUAGUUGGGAAGAAAUUUUUUAGA